AUGUCUGAAAGCCCGAUGUUCAUUGACGACGAAUUAUUUAUGGCAGGCUCUUCUUCGCCAAGUAAAGAGCAGAAGCCAGCAACCCCAGUAGAGACCUUUCAGUCUUCGCCUUUUGCGCUGUCUACAACUCCUAAAACUAAGCUAAAUAAAGCAAAACAAGAAGAAUUCAAAAGGAACACCCAAACUUUUGCCGGUCAUAUGCUGCAGUCUUUAAUUGUGCAGAUCUCAAGGACGCUUAAAAAAGCCAAGAAAGGUACCUUGCUUGGAGGGUUUAUGAAGUGGAAAAUAAGGGCCAAUAGUGCAUAUGCAGCAGAAAAACUAAAGAAAAAUGAAAUUAAAGGGAAAAUCAAAAAUAAAAUUGUUUUGCUGAUAAACCAAUACCGAAACUCUAGGAUUUUUAUAAAGAGGAAAGCAUUUUUUGACUGGGCUUUGAAAUCAAAAGCGAAAUCCCAACUAUUAAAACUGGAAACCAAUAAAAUUCGGCAAGAAGAAGCACAUCAAGCUAAGCUUGCACAGAUGAAUAGAAUGGUUUCUCAGCUGAUAAGCAAGCAGUGCGAGCUGGAAAAGCAAAUAAACUCACAAUUGGCAAGGGAAAAAAAGUAUAAGGAAGCCAUCACUGAGCUAAAGGCUGCAGUCCCGGAGCAGAAAAUAGAGAAAUCUAAAAAUGAGCUUGUCCUUAGAGAGCUGGAAAGAGAAAACCAAAAUUUAAGAGACAAGCUGGAAGUCAUUGAAAAUAACGUGGACGGAUUUAUCAAAGAAAUGUCAGGGCUAAUAGAAGCUGGAGACGAGAUGGCCAUGAUUAGCGAUGACGACGGCAUGGGAGACAGUCCCCAAAAAUUAAUCAAAAAGAGAGCAAUUACUUUGAAUAUUGGCAAUCUUAAAUAA